AUGCUUGCCAAACAUCAGAACAAGCUGAUGGAAGACAAGGGCCAAGAGCAACCUACUGCAUCUCAGACUCCAAUAGCUACAUCUGGACCCAGCUCUUACAUUGCUAAAGGAAAAUUUGUCGACCACAAUCAGGAGAUUGAUGACACUGAAUUAGAUGUCGAGGCACAAUAUGAGGCUCUUGAAACAUGGAAUCAGGCUCGAGACAUCAAUCAAGAAGUCUCUGAAGGCAAUGUGUCCUAUUUGGAGGUUUGUCCAGAGGUUGAAGAUGGUUUUAUGACUGUCAGAAAGUCUUCUAAGCAUAACAAACAGAAAGAAAGACCUCAGAGAUUAAAACCAAAGACAAAGGUUCACAAAACAGGCUGCUAUGAUGCUCUUGAGAUAGAAGAAACAUCAGACAAAGAUUCUGAGUCAGAUUUAGAGGCAGAGUCUCAAUCAAAAAAGGCACCCUCUAAGACAAGUGCAAAAUCUUCAAAAUGA